GGCUUCCGUAGAAACUACUUCCGGUUCCUUGUAAACAAGGUAGAAAGUGAGUGUUAGGCAUGCCGCCCAUACACCGCUCCCGGAGCCGCAGUCCGGGCUCUCCACGGAAACGGCACCACAGCAGCAGUAGCGACAGGUCCCCGGAGAAGAAGAGCAGGAGAUCCAAGUCCCGAGAACGAAGUGUCAGCAAUGGCCACCGCCGCAGCCGCUCCAGAGAGCGAGCCCCUUCCAGCCGGACGUACCACGGCAAGCAGUGGGGGGACUACUACGAGAAAGGAAAGGAGGAGAUUAUGAGACAGAGGCAGGAAGCGUUUAUAGCCAGACGUCUGAAUGAAAGAGAGAGGAUUGGAGAAUUGGGAGCUCCAGAAGUCUGGGGUCUUUCACCGAAAGUUCCAGAACCAGACUCUGAUGAACACACUCCCGUAGAAGAGGAGGAAAAAUCUAAAAAAUCUAACAGUUCAGACUCUUCCUCAGAAGAAGAGAAGAAGAAGAAAAAAAAGAAAAAGAAAAAAAAGAAAAAGUCAUCAAGAAAAAAGCAUAGAAAACACUCAGAAGACAGCGAAAGCGGCUCCGAACAGUCAGAAAGCAGUGAUGAAGAUGAGAAAAAGAAAUCAAAGAAAAAGAAGAAACACAAAAAAAAGAAAUCAAAGAAAAAGAGAAGCAAGAAAACCAAAAAGGAGUCCACUGAUUCCAGUAGUGAAGACUCCGACGACCAGAUGCAAGAAGAAACUACAUGGGUAGAGAGAACAAAGGCUAAUCUUGAAGAUGUGGAUUUUGUUGGGCCUGAAGCUCCAAUGACACAUUUAUCACAGGAUGAUAAACCAUUAAACUAUGGCCAUGCUUUGCUACCUGGUGAGGGUGCAGCUAUGGCAGAAUAUGUAAAGGCUGGUAAACGUAUCCCGAGAAGAGGUGAAAUUGGCCUAACAAGUGAUGAAAUUGCCUCUUUUGAGGUGUCUGGCUAUGUGAUGAGUGGAAGCAGGCACCGGCGUAUGGAGGCUGUCCGUCUGCGUAAGGAGAACCAGAUUUAUAGUGCAGAUGAGAAGAGGGCACUGGCUUCCUUUAACCAAGAAGAGCGGCGAAAGAGGGAAAACAAGAUCUUGUCAAGCUUCAGGGAGAUGGUUUACCGGAAAACCAAGGGAAAGGACGACAAAUAAGAACCAGUGUCUACACAACUUUUACAGCAUUUGGUUGUACCUGGAGUUAACUUCUAAGCUUGUCAAGGAAACACGGUGGAGGGCUUUUUGCAAAUGUGAACUUCAUAGACCCUUGUAUAUACCUAGACUUGCUGUACACAUAUAUAAUCACACAAAUUAGCUUCUGACUCCUUUUAAUAGGGUUUCUGUUCAGAUUUAUAUGGGCACGUACAGCCUGUGUUUAGUUCAAUUUUAAAUAACUUAUUAAAAAACUGAAAAAUGUUUCAAGAACCAAA